CACUUUUGAUCAAGGAAGCAUCCUCCCUGGACCGUACAAGUACUACUAGAAAAUUUCCUGGGCUUUGCAGAUGACCCAAGAGACUUUGCCACUGAAAGAACUUGAACAACGUUGUCCCCCAAACCAUACAUAGCAUAAGGCCUGGCAAGAUGGCUCAGAAAAGACUUCAGCUAAAGGCCGAGAAGAUGAGUUUCACGGCAUAUUUGGAAAUGAAUUUUGCGGAGUGUAUUGCAAAUGGAGGAAAAGCCACCCUUGGGGUUAGGCAAAGGUUGGCGAUGGUCCCCGCACACCGGACGAAACAGAAUGAAGUCAUCUCGCAAGCAGUAUGUGCUCUACUGAAUUCCGGUGGGGGAGUGGUUACGGUUGAGAUUGAGAACGGAGACUAUAAUUACGAGAGUGACGGGGUAGGCCUGGAUCUGCCCCCACUGUUCAGAAACCACUUAGACGAGAUGCUGCAGGGCAGGCUCUUUUUAAUACAUGUAAAUUCGUGGGACGUGGCAGCCUCGGGCGUUCGGCUCGCUACCUUGUGCUCCAAUUUGUACCACAGAGUUGGGACAUUUACUGAGGUCAUGGAUUCUCGAGAAGCCCUGCUAUUCCUCAGAAGAAGGCUUGAGGCUCUUUCACCUGAUUCACCGAGGCCACAGGAAGCUCCGCUUGACGAUCAGGCGGACUUAGCUUCCGGUUUAUUUGAUGGCCGGCAGCUCCAGUACCUGCGAAAACUCAACUUUGCAGAGUCCUUACAUGUUGAAUUUCAAAUGUUCUCGGCAGACCUUUCCCAGGGCCUUAAAGAAAGACUCCCCAAGUGUGUUUCCGCACUUGCCAAUUCUGGAGGGGGAUACGUGGUUUUCGGCGUGCAUGAAGAGACCCAUCAGGUCAUUGGAUGUGAAAAGGAAAAAACAAACCCUUCCCACUUGCUGACGACUGUGGAUGGCUGUGUCAGGAAGAUGCCUGUCUAUCACUUCUGUGCACAGAAUCAUAAAGUGCAAUAUAUAGCCAAAGUCCUUGAGGUGUAUGACAGAGAGACCCUCCAUGGGUAUGUCUGUGCAAUCAAGGUAGAACCGUUCUGCUGCGCGGCAUUUGCCAAAGCCCCUGAUUCCUGGGAGAUGAAAGACAAUGAUCCGAAGCAGCUGGCCGCAAAGGACUGGACAGCUUGGAUGGUAGAAAACGACCCAGAGCUUUCCGGGUUCCCUCAGAUGAUCCUCGCGAGGAGUGUGUUGGACACCACACCCCGCAGCAGGCCUGUGUUCAUACAUAAAAAUGUGAAAUGUCUGGAGGAACUGCAGAGGGACCACUUUCCAGUGUUACCCAACAGGAUUACAUAUACGCCGGAGAGCGUCUACAGGGACCUUUUCUCAGACCACAGAGGAUUAAGAAACCUGAUAAGUUCGGAAAUGCGCUGUUUCUCUCAAGGAAUAUUGAUUUUCUCCCACAGCUGGGCUGUGGACCUAGGUCUUCAAAGGAAGCAAGGUGUCAUCUGCGAUGUCCUUCUAAUUUCCCCAAACAAUGUCCCAAUCCUGUACACCAUUUGCCACAAGUGGUGUCUGGGGUACAGGGCGUAUUCUUUAACAGUCGCCCGUACCCUGAAGCAGAGGCUGGUGACCAUGGGUGGCUACACCGGGCGACUAGGCAUUAUUCCUUUGGUCUUCAAGCUGGGUCCUGAUCAAACAGAAAGGGCCGGCUCAGAAAUGCCGGUUUACCCCGAAUCCUAUAACUUCACAACCGUGCAGCAGAUGGAAGCUCUGUUGCAAUCCCUUGUGAUCAUCUUGUUUGGGUUCAGAUCCUCCUUAAAUGAAGAGUUAAGCUCUGAAGUUGUGACCCUACUCACAGACCAACAGUAUCAGGUGCUCUCAAAGAAUCUUCGCAAGAGUAGGGAGCUGUUUGUUCACGGCUCGCCUGGAUCGGGGAAGACCACUCUAGCGCUCCGGGUCGUGGAGAAGAUCAAGAAGGUAUUCAACUGUCCAGAUGGCGACAUUCUCUACGUCUGUGAGAACCAGGCUUUGAAGAGUUUUGUGAGAAGGAAAAACAUUUGCCAGGCAGUGACACGGAGAACCUUCAUGAGAAAUACCUACGAUAACGUUCAACACAUCAUCGUGGACGAAGCUCAGAAUUUCCGAGCCAAAGACGGAGACUGGUACGCAAAGGCAAAAUCCAUCGUUCAGAGAAGGAGAGACAGCCCGGGAGUUUUCUACAUUUUUCUGGAUUACUUUCAGAUCAACCACUUGUGUUGCAGUGGCCUCCCUAGUCCCCAGCAGCAGGACCGGGUAUUAAAGCUCCCCAGGAUGCUCCGCACCGGAGACAACAUAACCAACUACCUACAAGACAUAAUGCAGCAAAUCAGAGAGCCUCCCCUGAACGUCCCCCCAGAGGCUCUGAGCUUGGACCAAGAACCUGAAUGGGACCAAGGUGUCACAGGCAAUUUAGAGAUUACCGAUUACUUGAAUUUGGAGCAGAUGGCAGUCUAUGUGGCAGAGACAUGCCAGUGUCUCUGGCGGUCUGGCUAUUACCCCAGGGAUGUCGCCGUUCUUUUCAGCAAGGCCAGAGAUGUAGAGAGAUGCAGAGAAAGGCUUCUGCUAGCGAUGAGGAGGAGGAGCAUGUCUCAGCUCGGCAAGGAACCCAGUUCACCGGUGCAGGUCAGGGACGGGUUGGAUAUCCUGGGUAAUCACAUCGUGUUGAACAGUGUCCACCGAUUUUCAGGCAUGGAGAGAAGUAUAGUGUUCGGGAUCAUUUCAGUGGAAUUCGAGUCAGCUAUUUUCUACAACAUUCUGCUCUGUCUGGCUUCCAGGGCAAGAACCCAUCUGUAUAUUAUAAAGCUUUUGCUCUGAUAGGAAGUUCGGUCUCUAGAAGACUUUGAAACUCUUUGAU